GUUUAUGACAGUUCCAAAAUUUUUUAGGUGUUUCUGAAGAUUGAAUUACAAAAAAUAAUAAUUUGAAAAGCUAAAUUAUAAUUGUUUUAAUAUCUGUGUAAAAUGUCUCAUCAAACAGGGAUUCGAGCUAAUGAUGAAUUAAAAAAGUUCUUUGCCAAGUGCAAGGAAGGUAUGGUCAGAUUGGUAAAAGUAUCUAUUAAGGAUGAGCAAUUGAUUCUAGAUGCAAGCAAAAGUGUUAAACAUAAUUGGGAAAAAGACUUUGAUACAAACAUACAACCAUUACUUGAAGAAAAUCAGCCUUGUUACAUCAUAUAUAGGCUAGAUAGUAAAGAUUCCUUAGGACAUGAAUGGCUAUUGAUCAGUUGGUCACCAGAUACAGCACCAGUAAGACAGAAAAUGCUGUACGCCUCAACAAAAGCCACCCUCAAACAGGAGUUUGGAACUGCACAGAUAAAAGAAGAAAUACAUGGAACUAUCAGUAGCGACAUCACUCUAAAUGGAUAUAUAAAGCACAAAAAAUCUGUUGCUGCCCCUGCACCCUUAUCCAUGAGGGAAGAAGAAUUGCAGGAAAUAAGAAAAACUGAAGUUCACACUGAUAUUAAUAUUGAUACAAAGCAACAGACUGUUGGAGGUGUAGCUUUUCCAAUAACUGAGACUGCAAAACAAGCUCUGAUUGAUAUGGCUAGUGGAUCAUAUGAUUACUUGCAAUUUAGAAUAGAUAUUGAAGAAGAAACUAUUCAUCUAGUAUCUGCAGAAAAUAUAUCAUUAGCAAAAUUACCAUCCAAAGUUCCAAAAGAUAGUGGAAGGUAUCAUUUAUAUAUAUUUAAACAUACACAUGAAGGAGACUACACAGAAAGUAUGGUUUUUAUUUACUCAAUGCCAGGAUAUAAUUGCCCUAUUAAGGAAAGGAUGUUGUAUUCCAGUUGUAAAAACCCACUAACAGAUACCAUAUCAAAUCUAGGAAUUGAAAUUGCCAAAAAGGUGGAAAUAGAUUCUGGAGAUGAACUCACUGAAAAAUUCUUGUAUGAAGAACUCCAUCCAACAAAUAGCCUACACAGACCUCAGUUCGCUAGGCCUAAAGGACCUCCAAACCGCGGCCCAAAGCGCAUGACCAGGAACAACAAUGAAUGAUACGGAUGAGCGCCUGAUUUAAAGUGUUUAUUUUAUGUUUUGUUCCUUUACAAGUCACAUUGCGUCAAAUUUUUUGCUCAAUGAUUUAUCAGGCAAGAGAAUAAAUAAAAAGGCUGUUUUCUAUGAUUAUUUGAUAAUGUUUGGAAGUAAGUUACUGUAUUUUAUUAUAUAAUUUAUUGAAAGUGAAUAUAAAAUUAGUUAUCUUGGAAUUUUUAGAAUAUAUUUAAAAAAUAUGUAGUUACAAUUUAUUUCUUGUUGAUUGAUAACACAGAAAAUUCUAGUUUUGUAUCAAAUUUCUUAAACUUUUGAUGUUUAUUAUAUAUUUGAUAUU